AUGGAAAACCAAGAAUUUAUUGUACUGUAUACUCAUCAGAAGACUAAGAAGUCAAAAGUGUGGCAAGAUGGGAUUUUGAAGAUCACUCACCUAGGAAACAAAGCAAUUUUAUAUGAUGACAAAGGAGAAUGCUUGGAGAGUUUAUUUUUGAGGCGUCUUGAGGUAAAACCUGGAGACGACUUAGAAAGUGAGCGAUACUUGAUCACAGUGGAGGAGGCGAGAGCUGCUGGGAGCACAGCUGUUAGCCAGGAGGACAUUCAGGAAGCACGAGGGCCCCGUCCGCUGCGGUCCAUGCCCUGCGGCUGGUCCCUCGGGUGUCAGCCUGCAGGUUUGAAAAGAAAGUUUACUGGUUUUCAAGGUCUACGACAAGAGCCAAAGAAAAUGGUUACUACGGAUAAUGGUGAAUCAGCCGCGUCACUUGAGGCUGCAGCCCCUGGCCCUGCUCUUCCCUCUCUGUUCUCGAGCGCACCUCUGUUUUCUGCUGCUGGCAGGAAAGGAGUACACAGCGUGCCAGCAGACCUCAGGAGCCUUGUCGUCCGCAAGGACAGCGGGAGGCGUGGCCCGCCGGUUUCUCCCGUUGGCUCUGCCCCCUCCUCCGAGAGGCUGAGGGAGGAGGGUCAUCUUUGCUCUCCUGUCAGUUCUGCAGUCAAGGCCGUCGGAUCUUUACUGCCUGACGAGCCCACGAAAGGACAUCGCUUGGCACCUCACUGUUUAGGAGUCACACAAAACAUCAGGAGCAAAGCACAGAUCCUAGCUCUUCUGAAGUCCAAGCCAGCCAGUCUGUCUGAGGAAGUGGACGCUGAGAUGUCAGGUCUUGUCCCUAAAGUACAACCACAGGGAAGCUUACAAGUCCCUGCUAAACCAGAGUGCUUCGCGGAACAGGGAGGGGGUGCUGCGGGGAGAACAGAAAGCUUGCAGUGCCAGCCAUCACCAGAAAGCACUGGGAGCAGUGACAGCCGCUGGGCUGAGUGCUUAUCCUCACGGCCUUCACCUGCUUGUUCCGCUGUAGCUGGAGAUGAGCUAGAAAGGCAGGCCCAGGCUCAGGGAGGUGAUGUCAGUUUAAAUCUGAGAGACUUUUUGGGACAAAAAAGGAUCCAGUUAUUUGAAAUAGGUGCUGAAAACGUCGAACAGUUUAAUGGAGACAAGCUGAUAGAUGACGCUGAUUCAUCCUGGGAUCAGGAAGUAAAAUUGGAAAUUCCCUCAUUCAGUGAAAGCUCAUCUGUUACCUGUGGCAAUUUGGGAAAGGAUGGCUUAGUGUCAGGAUCUGACAUGCAAGGAAAUAUUCCAAUGCCUGUUAAUCAAAAUGACCAGGAGUGCGUGAAAAGAUUCCUUCUUACCAGAGAAAAUGUUCAGGAGAUAGAUACAUGUGGGAUGCCAGCAAGGGAGUAUAAACAAGCAUUGUCUCAUCUGCCAGAAUCCGAACGUCUCCAACCUGAAUCUUCCCUGAGUGACAGCUCUGAGAUCUCUGAAGCCGUUUCUGACACGUCUUCUAGGACUAAUACUGACAGUAAAAGUCUCAAUAUUCCUGCACCUGGGAGUCAUGUAACACAGCCAGUUUUGGAGGUAAAUUUUAAUCUGAACAAUUUUGAAACCAGUGACACGGAAGAGGAAUCCCAACAAACCAACAAAAUGUCCCAGGACCCAGAGGAUUGGGAAAGGGAGGCCUUGGCCGAUGCCUGCAGUUCAGGAGAUCAGAGGAGAUGUGAGGGUGUGCGCUGUGAGGACCAUGACGGUGCACCCUGGCCUCUUGGAGGCAAACCUGCAGAGCCGUUUCCUACCCCAGCGACCCUGCCGGCACAGCCCUGUGGUGCAGCUGGACCCACUGGAGAUGAAGUGGCUGGGUGUGGUGACUCCACGGUAGGGUGGACCGAUGAUGUGUGUUCAGGUAAUGCAGCUGUUAGCCCUAUCCAAAAAGUCAGAAGUCACUGUGAUUUUGCUUCACUCCCGAAUAAAUUUAAAGGUAUAAAUUCAAAUUUAUAUAGUCCUCAUUUUUUAAGCAUAGACACUAAUCAAACUCCUGAAAGCAACCUAUUUUCAGAACAGACUCAAUCUCAGCCUUUUUUUAUGGGAUGUGACUUAGAUACAAAUGAUGAACAGGUUUUAAUGUCAACCUCUGGCAGUGAUGGCAGUAGCCCACGAUUAAAUGCCAGUCAGAGUCACUUUGACGAAUGUAUUACUCUUGAUAAAUCAAACCCCCAAGUUUCCAAUUCUUUGUUUUACCCUCUGGGAACAAAGCAUCCUAUUUCCAAAGACCCAGGAACACAUAACCCUGAAUCUGAAGAUUUGGGAGGGAUUCCAAGUUUACCCCUUGACCAUGUUGAAGUAGAUACUGCUGGAGCAAGCAGACAGUACUGGAAUCCUCCUAGGAAUUCUUCAGAACUUUCUGGAUUAGUAAAUAGUAUUUCCCUUUUAAAGUCAUUGUCUGAACACAGUACAGCUUUAGAAGGCUUGGAAGUGUUGAAAAAGAAAAAUUCUGCCUUUAAACAAGGAACACUGGAGACACUGCCGGAGAGCAGCCCUGAAGCUGGGAAGCCAUUGAUUCCAGUUUUGCCAGCCGUUCUACAGUUUCCUCGUCUGAACCAGGAGUCUCAACUGUGUUCUGCCUCCAUGAUGAUGAGAGAAAGUGACGUUGACCAAAGUGGACCACUGCAGUCUCUGCAGUCCUUUUCCUUGGGAAGUGGAGAAGAGACCAUUUUUCCAGCUGUUACUACUACACAGAUGGAGAGAACAACCUGGGACCCUCAGCCGGUUGAGUUCCAAGGGCAUCAAGUGCUGGGAUCUGCGACCAGUGCUGUGAUGGUCCGAGGGCACUGUCCGCCGCUGGGGUGUAGCCAGCUCCCCGGUCACCCCGAGCACAACAGCUCCACGGCCGACACCUGUGCUUGGGCGACUGAGCUGCCUCGCACUCGUGUGCAAGUUGACCUCUUGCAGGUGCCCUGGCCAGCACAGGAGGGCUCAGCACCAAGCCCCGCCUCCGCUCUUUCUCUGCGCUCACAAGAUGACGCCUUCCUGCUAGAAGUCCCCGAGGGGCCCCUGCAAGCAAGACCUUCACCAGGUGGCCUUCCCUUCCUCCGCUUGCACAGGAUGGGAAGAUUCCGUUCCCUGGAGGACCAGCACCUUCCAAGGCUUCCUUUAGUCAGUGGAGCCCUCGCUGCCCUCGCUACUGUGCCCCCAGCUGCUGGGCCACCUGACCGCGACCCUGGGGCCUGUGCCACCCAGGGCUGGCAGCCGCCUCCUGGAUCUCCCCCGUUCAGCCUGUGUGAGGAGCCAGCCGUCCUUCCUCCCAGCUCCGGGCCCGAGGACCAGAGUGAAACCCUUUCCUGUCAAGUGUCCAUGGAAGCGCCCCCAGGGGGUGUCUCACUUCUCCAGCGAAUGACUGCUCACAGCAAGUGGCUGAAAUACCAAAGCACGCCCCCGUGUGCCUUGCCGACUCCAAGCCCUCCAGAGGUGGAGGCGAGUGUCACGGACGGCUUCCCUGCCAAGGCCUUGGGGAUGUGUCUUGAUGAUGCAGGUGAGAGACGCAGCGAUGCCGGGACCGGCUCCGCGGGCCCUACGCCUCUGCAGAGGGUGAGAGGCGAGCUCCGGCAGCGGCAGCGGCAGCAGCAGCAGGGCGCGGACGCCCGGGAUCUUGUUUGCCACAGGAAAGCACUGUCUUGGAGGCUGCACUCUGCAUCCAAGGCUGAGGACGUUCGGGAUGUGUGGGAAGAGUCUGCGUGUGCCACAGGCUCACAGGAGAUAAACGUCUCUGAGCUGUGCUUCCCCAGUGGGCGGGAGAUGCGGUCUGCUCUCCUUCCCCGAAGGCAGACCCGCGUGCCUGCCGCCUUCCGGUCUCCCACGCACUACAAGCAGGUCUUCACCGCCUGUCUCAUGGAACAUCUGAACAUACUGCUGUGCGGGUUGGCACAGAGGCUGCACAAAGCUCUUUCUGCAGUCGACAUAUCAUUUUACACGUCGUCACACGGAGAGGGAGGGAGCACUGUGGGAAACAGCGUGCCAUCCUGCCGCCAUCAGCGGCCUGCGAAGCUCGUCAUGGUGAAGAAGGAGGGUCCCAACAAGGGUCGUCUCUUUUAUACCUGUGAUGCACCCAGAGCUGACAGGUGUAACUUUUUUAAGUGGUUUGAAGAAGCGACCCCAGGACAUGUCGCACAGGAGGACUCUGCACCCGCCCUGGUGCUCAAUGACGUGAAGAGCAUUGGCUUGUACCUCCGGAGCCAGAGCAUCGCCCUCUACGAAGAGUGCCAGCUUUCCGUGAGAAAAGGAUUUGAUUUUCAAAGAAAACAGUGUGGCAGACUAAAGAAGUUUAUGACCGUAAAUCCUGACUUGUAUAAUGAACCUAAAAGCAAACUGUAUCUCAAGCUGAGUCGGAAGGAAAGUUCUUCAGCUUAUAGCAAAGACGAUCUGUGGGUGGUCUCCAAAACCGUGGACUUCCAGCUGGACACGCUCAUUGCCUGCAGCGCUUUCUUCGGGCCCUCGUCCGCCAACGAGGUGGAGCUGCUUCCUCUGAAAGGCUACUUCCCCUCCCGGUGGCCCACGGACACAGUCGUCCACGCGCUGUGGGUCUGCAAUGCCAGCACCGAGCUGACCACCCUGAGAAACAUGCAGGAGCACUUCAACCCCGCGACCCUGCCUCUGAUGCAGCACCUGUUGGCCAUGCCUUCGUCAACCACAAUUAGCAGUAAGAGAGUGGAUAAAAGAACAUUUGUCCCACCAGCCUUCUCCAACACCAAGACAAACUGUGAGCUGCCCGGUCCAGGAGCAGCCCUACAGCUAGCCAGGGAGUUCAUCCAGGCACACCAGUUGAACGAGGACCAAGCUUCAGCUCUCACCCAGAUAGCAGGCAUGGUGGCAUCGCGCGGGCCUGCCGAGGAAGGGAAGGGGCUGCCCGCCGGCACCCUGCCCAUCACCAUUGUCCACGUAGGAGUUUUUGGAGCAGGAAAGAGCUACUUGCUGGCAGUGGUGAUUCUGUUUUUGGUGCAGCUGUUUGAAAAGAGUGACGCUCCCACCGUGGGAAGUGCACGGCCGUGGAAAGUGCUGGUUUCUUCUUCCACUAACGUAGCUGUGGACAGAGUGCUCCUCGGGCUUCUCAGUCUCGGAUUUGAAAAGUUUGUCAGAGUGGGGUGUGUUAGGAAGAUUGCCAAGCCGGUCCUACCUUACAGCUUGCAUGCUGGCUCAGAAAAUGCCAGUGAGCAAUUGAAGGAACUUCACGCACUGAUGAAAGAAGACCUGACCCCCAUGGAAAGAGUCUAUGUGAGGAGAAGCAUCGAACAGCAUAAACUGGGGACCAACAGGACCCUCUUGGGGCAGGUCCGCGUGGUGGGCGCCACCUGCGCAGCCUGCCUGUUCCCCUGCAUGGCCGGCCUGCGGUUCCCCGUGGUGGUGCUGGAUGAGAGCAGCCAGAUGACAGAGCCCGCAUCCCUCCUCCCCAUCGCCAGGUUUGAGUGUGAAAAGCUGGUUCUCGUUGGGGAUCCCAAGCAGCUUCCCCCAACUAUCCAGGGAUCGGACGCGGCUCAUGAAAAUGGGUUGGAGCAAACUCUGUUUGAUCGACUCUGCUUAAUGGGCCACAAGCCGGUCCUGCUGAGAACCCAGUACCGCUGCCACCCGGCCAUCGCUGCUGUGGCUAACGACCUGUUCUACGGCGGCGGCCUCAGGAACGGCGUCUCGCAGGCCGAGAGGGGCCCGCUGCUCGCCUGGCUGCCCACACUGUGCUUCUACAACGUCCCGGGGCAGGAGCAGAUGGAAGGAGGGAACAGCUUUUACAAUGAGGCGGAAGCCGCUUUCACCCUGAUGCUGAUUCGCGCUCUGGUUGCAGUUGGAGUCCCAGGCACCAUGAUCGGGGUGAUAACGCUGUACAAGUCCCAGCUGGGCAAGCUGUGCCAGCUGCUCGGGGCCGUGGACCAGGACCGCCCACACCUCGCGGCUGUGCAGGUGUCCACCGUGGACGCCUUCCAGGGGGCCGAGAAGGAGGUGGUCGUGCUGUCCUGCGUGCGCACAAGGCAGGUGGGCUUCAUCGACUCAGAGCAGCGCGUGAACGUGGCCCUGACCCGAGGGAGGCGGCACCUGCUGAUCGUGGGACACCUGGCCUGCCUGCGGAGGAACCGGCUGUGGGGCCGCGUGAUCCAGCACUGCCAAGGGAGGGAGGACGGACUGCAGCAGGCCAGCCAGUGUGAGCCGCAGCUGAGGCGGCUCCUGGAGGAGCACGCCGCCGCCGAGAAGCUCGCCGAAGAAAAGCAGAGGAAAGCCAGUGGGAGAGACAGACGUCAAGAUGCGUCUCGUUAG